AGCAGUGCACAUCAGCCGGGAAACAAAGAAGAAAAACUGAUUCGGCUGAGGUGUCUUUGUUCUGCUGUUUUUCUGCCUAUCAUUUUCUGGUUUCCCCUAUCGUAGUUCGAGCAAUGUCUGUGCUUCUGCGCGACCAGGCGUCGUCAGCGGCAGAGCGGGAGCUGCACAGCGACAGCUUCCUCGAUGACGAUUGUGGCCGCAAUGCGCUGCAGCUGGCGGCGAGAGGAAGCGCCAUCAUCGCCACGUUGCAGCGUCUCGCCGCGCACAUACCCACCGAAUUCAUCUCGCCCGACGACUCGCCGUACGCGAAGGUCAUCUUCGACUUCCGUUACUUUACAAACCAGGACAGCAUCGAGAAGGCCGUCGCGGAGGCGGCCGAGCUGCUCGCACUGGACAAGGAGUUCUACGACACCCACAUGCCACUCCUCGAGAAUUUCAUGGCUCUUUUUCGCAGCAUCUACGGCUACGUCACGGAACUAAACCGAUUCGUGCGGGAGAUUCAAGAUGGGCAGUACGUGGCACAGACACUCGACACCGUGCUCGACUCCCUGGAGGGCCGUCAGUUGCUCUGCGAGGUGUACCAGCUGUACGGGGUGUUGCUGCUGCUGAUGGACCACAAAAUCGGUGGGGUCGUGCGGGAGCGGCUGAUCGUCAGCUACGUGCGUUACCGCGGCUCCGGUGAAACCCACACGGUGGAAGUGGCGGAGCUGUGCCGGUCCACCGACGAUGAAGCGCGCCGGGGCAACAGGUUUGUCGGAAGCCGCCCCGCUUCCGGAACGUCUUCGGCCUCUUCGCCGACGGACAGAAACUAUAGCUCACUUGGCGACUCCACCUAUCCGCUGCGUUUCUUUGAGCGUGUUCCCAUUCAGAAGGGCGUCGUCGGUCGACUACUGGCGUGCCUCCGCUCCGAUGAUAUUUACCGCAUGGCGAGCCACUACCCGAACCCCGAGCACCACAGCGCGGCGAUGGCCCUCCAGGGCGGCCUUGUGUACGUGCUGCUCUUCUUCUGCGGCGACGUUCUUUCUCAGCAGGCGCCGGUGAUGAAGGAGCUCGUCGAGAGGCACUUUGCCGAUAGUUGGGUGGUGCACUACUACGCGGGGUACACCGCCGACCUCGCGGUGACCUGGGCGGCGUUCCCAGCCGCGCGAGAGGCGCUGCGGCGCACCUUGGAGCCGCACAACAUCACCUACCACCUGCAGAUGAUGCGCAGUAUGCUCUCACGCAGCACGGAGCGGGUGGAGGCGGUGCUGCAGGAAGGCGUGCUGACGGAGAGCUACGUCCUCGACAACGUACACGCCUCGUUGCUGCCCAUCAUCACGGAGGCGAAUGUGGUGCUGCGCUGGUUUGUCCUCCACGGCGCGUGUGCAGAGGCAGUAGUUCUUGUUGACGGACCUUCCUACCCCUCCAGCCCAGCGUCCUCGCCAUCUCGAGCAGAGCCGACGAGCGCCGCCGCCGCCGCGGCAGGUUUGGUGGGUGCUGCAGCCGCGGCGGAGCGGUCGAUCAUCGCGGCGUUUGACAGAGAGGAGUUGCUCACGCUGCUGCUCUCGACGGCGCAGCUAGAGUACCACGUGCAGUCUCGCUUUGCGGUUUUAUUAGAGGAGAAGUCGACGCGGUGGUCUCACGCCAAGCGGCAGGCCGUGGCGAAGCUGAAGAAGCUCGCGCACUUCUUCUCGCCCGACAACCUUCUCGACAAGACGUUGCAGGACGAGGAGCUGCAGCGGUGGUUUCGCGAGGUCGCGGCACGCGUGUCAAGCCUGCACGUGAAGCAGCACGACGCGAACGCGACGCGGCGCAAGCUGCAGCGGUUUAUCGCGGCGCUGGAAAACAUUCAAGAGUUUGACCAGGUAAAUCAGCAACUCCAGGUGCUGCAGCACGUGCGUGAGACCUGCGGUGAUCUGCAUCAGAUGCUGCGCUACAUGAACGCGGAGCGGCGCGUGUUGGGACGGCUGGCCACGGUGGCAGACCUCAGCUACGCGUGGGAGCGCUUUUCAGCGGGCGGUUACCUGGUGCGGGAGCUGCAAGCGCGGAUUCAAUCGCAGCCGGUAGUGGCGGCGCGGAUGCGAGCCCUCUUUGUGAAGGUAUCCCUAUUGCUGCACUUGCCGUGCAUUCGUAUUGACCAGGGUAUCGUCCUCGGGUGCACGAGUGCUGACAUGCGACUCGAGCGUGCUCUUGCGCUCACCUCGAGCUUUUAUUCCGAGGAGGUGGUAUCCUUCCUGCGCAACGUUCUGCAGGUGAUCCCGACUUCCAUCUUUGAGGUGCUGCAUAAGGUCAUGUACCUGCUCACCCACACUCUGCAGGAGUGCCCGAGCAAGCUGCAGCGCGAGGAGUGGAAGAAGUGGAGCCAGCUGGAGACGCGUGAGCAGCUAUCGGCGUACACGGCAGACAUCGCACGCUACGCUGCCGGGCUUCUGGCGAUGGAGGAGACCACGGUCGGCGUGGUGCGUGUCAACCCGCAUCAGCUCUUAGAGGACGGCAUUCGCAAAGAGCUGGUUGAGCACAUUACGCGGGAGUUGCACGCCGGCAUCUGGUUCGACAAGGCGAAGCCGUCCACGGUGGAGCAGCUGGACAAGGAGCUCACCUACCUCAGCUCUCGCCUGCGCGGAGUGCGCAACUCUUUUGAAUACAUUCAAGACUUUGUCAACGUGCACGGGCUGCAGAUUUGGCUCGAAGAGUUUCAGCGCAUUGUUCGCUUUACGCUGCAGAUGGAGUGCAACGUGUUUUGCCCAAAGAAGGUGUACCCGUGGAGUUCGCCGUAUCAGAGCACAAGCAUUUCCAUUCCGUACUUCGCCCCCGCGCAUCCGAAGAGCCCGUACAGCUUUCUAGGUCACCUGGUUCAGCACCUGCUUCAGCUGACGGAUCCCGCGGAGGCCAUCUACUUCCCUGCUUACGGUGCGUGGUUCACGCGCAAGCGCUUGUGCGAGAGCGUCGGGCCGCGGCUCUUCACGCGCAUCGCGGAGGCCAUCGACUGCGUGGGCCUCACCUGCCUGGACGAGUUCCUCUCUCUUUUAAUGGUGAAAUACAUUCAGCAGACCGUGCUGCGCCUGGCGGAGUCGGUGGUGCAGGGUGGGGCCGUGUGUCGCGCGUUGUUGCAAGAAACGUGGACGCGGUGCAUGCCCCCGGCAUCCACGCCGAAUGCGGAGGCGUUUGCACAGGGCUACGAUCAGCUCGCCACCCACUUCACCAGCUGUGCGGCCACCAAAGAGGUGAGUGUUGGCUUGAUGCGCAUCGGUCGUCUUGGGCUGAUGCGCCAGCUCAUCGCCCACCAGUUGCGGUCUGACAGCAGGCAGGACAGCUCAUCGCUGGUCGCGUGCCUGCAAGCCGUCGACACCUCCCUACUGACCACCCUCGCAGCCCACCUCAGUGGAGCAUUUGGCAGCGGCUUCGCGACGAGCACCACGCAGCCGUGCACAGACCUGCCCGAAGGACUUCUGUGCAACACGGCGCCGCUCCUGGAGGCAGUUGGACAGGCUGACCCGCUGGCUUCUAUCUACGAAGUGGCGGAUAACGGUGCAGGCGUGGCGCACUCCAUGCCUAGCGCCGCCACAACUUCUGCAAAAGCAGCCGAUGGUGCCGCAACCCCUGUUCCAGCCACGAUGGCGCUGCCUCUCUUUGUGCUGCCGCUGUGCGUCACGGUGCUGCUCAACGUGGAGCACACCGCCUACAGCGCCCAGUUCGACAGCUGCAUUCCGGCCGAGAAGAAAGACGACGUGGACGCGACGGUGCUGGCGGUCGGUGCGGCCAGUCUUCUGCAGCAAUUCCCAGUAGAAGCCACGCAGCUGGUGGUGCAGCUCAUGGCUCAAGCAACGCGCGUGGCUGCCGUUUUGAACGGGAGUGCGAAACCAAACGCGAGGGAGCCCAUUCCGCUGAUCUCACGCGCCGCCAAGUCGCUCCCGAUGUGGAUGGACGUGCUGCGCGGCUACCUUCAUCGGUACAACGAGAAGGAAUGGACGCACACCGUUGCACCGUGCUACUUCGAUCAGUACAUGCCGGCGGCACGGUCGGCGACGACUCAAGGGGCGCGCGCACCGCUUUGA